AUGAGGCACCCUAAGAAAGUAACCCAAUGCAACUUGCUCACUUCCCACCCCUGCAGGUACGGCAGUGCGAGUGUGUGGAAGAUGCUCACCGACCUCUUCGACUACUUCCCUGUCACCGCCGUGGUCGAAUCAGAGAUCUUCUGUCUGCACGGGGGCCUGUCCCCCUCAAUAGACUCGCUGGACCACGUGAGGCAGCUCGACCGCAUCCAGGAGGUGCCUCACGAGGGGCCCAUGUGCGACCUGCUCUGGUCCGAUCCGGACGACCGCUGCGGCUGGGGAAUCUCUCCCCGUGGUGCUGGCUACACCUUCGGCCAGGACAUCUCAGAGCAGUUCAAUCACAACAACGGGCUGAAGCUGGUGGCGAGAGCACAUCAACUAGUGAUGGAGGGAUAUAACUGGGCGCACGUGAGUCUCUCUCUUAAUAAGCCAUUCAGAGUGUCGCUUCUUUCCUCCAACUCUCAAACAAGAGCAUCAUCAAUGAGUGAGGGCGGGAGAUAA